AUGAGUAGACGUAACAAUAAGAACAGCUCCUCCCGCGGGGGUAACAGGACCCCGAACCCGAAUUCAUACAGUAACGCCAGCGGCACAAAGGCUAAGCGUGCUCCAAACUCAGCCUCGUUCAAGGGCAUUUACCAAAAUCAAUCGGUCUGUCAAGUUCUCACUGCCUUGGUCGGUAGCAAAUGUGAAGUUUCUGUCAGAAACGCAAAUGUCAAACACGAGGGCUUCUUCAAUACCUUCUCUUCUGACAUGGAUUUCGCCGUUUCAGCUGUUCACAAGGUCAAAAUGGCAGGCGACGGACCUCAAAAGGGCGAUAUCGUCGACGACAUGAUUUUCCCAAUCAACGAAGUCGUCUCAAUGUCAUUUGAAGCCGUUGAUCUCAAUUACGCGACGGAAGACACUUUUACGGACGGCGCGAUCGCGCUCAAGAAGAAAGAUCAACUCUCAGCCGACAAAGAGCUUGUUUCGUGGAUGCCUGAUCCGGACGUCGAGGACGUCGGCGAUCUUGACUGCGUCAUUGGCAAUCCCGGCGGGCCGCCAACAGGCAACGGGUGGUCAGCAGAGGAUAUGUUCAAUGUGAACAAGAGCAAAUUCGACGUGCAGACAUCCUACGACAAGGAUCUCUCCGGCUACACAGUCGAGCUAAAGCGAACUGAAGUGUCAAACGAGCAAGUAAGACGGGCAAACCAACUGGCGAAGCAAAUCGAAGACUCAGCGAACUACCAGCAGAACAUCAAAUGGGAGCUGGAAGACACCAGAGACGAGGAAACCAAGUUCUCAGCCGUUGACGAGUCCGCGAACGCUGAAGGAGACCCAAAUAGAUAUAUUCCACCAAGUUUGCGCAGCAAGGGUCCUCCACCAGGCCACUCAAGGCAAAACUCAGGUUCUCAAAAGCCAGGGACUCCAACAGGUCAGCGACAAAGCCAGGGAGAUAGGAAGACAACGCCCCGAAAAGAGCAACUUCAAACUCAGAACUCGCAGGAGCAGCGAAGCCGAAAAAGUUCAGAAAAAGAAGCCAGGAAGUCAGCAUCAAAAGAAGACUCCCUUCCACAGAGAAAGCCAAAUAUGCCUGGUGGUGGAAGCUCUCUUGGAGCACCACCUGGCAUCACAGCACCACCACAGCCUAAUAGAAACCGAAAUUGGGCCGGUGUUGCUGGCGGAACUGGUGGAAAUGCUUCUAUUUCAAAGAUGUCUCCGUCUGGCGCGAAGCCAGGAGCUAAACUUGAAGAUCUAAAAACCUUCUCAAAUAAUUUCAACUUGAAACAACCUGAAGGAGCUGCGCAACCAAAAGCAUCGCCUCAAGGACAAUCAACUGUGCAGCAAAAAGGAAGUGAUAGCAGAAAGAACAGUCGAGCGACCCCAAGUCCGAUGACUAAAGCUCCCGCUCAGCAGGCACCUGCUCAAACCACGCCCCAAAAGACAGAGGCAGCUAAGAGUGAAAGUGGCACGCCAGCGGCCUCUAAGCCGCUGAAUCCAAAUGCGAAGGAAUGGACGCCUAAUGUGAACGCAACAGAAUUCAAGCCAACUUUUGGAGCUAAAAAGCCAGCAACUCCCAAUCCGUCUGUCCCUGGCCAGUCUCCAAUGAUGCCUCCAAUGAUGCCACAGUCGCCGCCAGUUACAAUGGACCCCAACAUGGCCAGGCCCAGUCCAGGUCAACAUGUGCCGCCCCAUCAAAUGCCCCAGAUUUACCCUUUUCAAUACAACCAGCCCAUCGUUCAAGUGCCUCCUCACGGUGUCCCUCACAUUAUGAUGCAACCAACAGGGGCGCCUAUCUAUCAACCUGGAAUGGCUGGUCAACCACCUCACAUCCCUGUCAGUGGCGCUCAAGUAAGAGGCCAAACACCUCAGCCAGGCACUCCUCAGCCGCAACAGGGUCAGACACAGCCUCCAUCAUCGAAGCCUGGUGGUCGACAGAGACCCGUUCGCCCAGGGCAUCAACACCCAACAUCUCCUCCUAACAUGGCACACGCUGGUCAAUACGUUGUCCAGCCAGGUUAUCCUGCACCGCAUCCCCAGCAUAUCCCCCAAAUGUACCAAGACCAAGCUAUGGCCGGCUCCGGUUACAUUCAGGUCAACCGAAGUGACCAGUACCCACAAUAUUACCAGCAGCCUAUGCACCCGGCGGUAACCUCCGCCUCGAAUCAACCGCAAGGAGGUAGCGUUGUUUACCACCACGGUAAUCCUCAUCAACCUACUCCCCAUAUCAACCAUACGAUGCCGCAUAUGACUCACCCGCAGCAGGUUAUCCAGUACAACCACAUGUCCCCUGGAAAUCAGCCUAACCAAGCUAUGAGUAUGCAACACCCUCAAAUGUAUCGUCAGAUGCCACCAAACGCCCAGCCAGUCCAGUACCAACCCCAGCAAGGAGUCCCUCCACAAGGGACACAAUCACAACCUCAUCAGUAG